AUUAUUUGCUCGGAUUUUUUUGCUAUUCCUCCUUCUCCCCCAUCCCCCCCCCCCCGCACAUUACUUCGGCGUAAAACACUGGUGGCCACUUGAGGGAGGUGGAGCAUGAUGUCGUACGGCGAGAAGAAACCGCCAUGAUGGAAAAGAGCCUCCAGGAGCAUUAGAGGCGACGGCGCAUGCGUGAAGCCUGGCGGUUGGUUUGAAUCCGACGGCUGUGGCGGCCUCAGCGUUUGCAUCUGUGGCAAAAAUGGCUGGGAAAGUCGACCGAGCCUGACAGCGAAAAAGGGAUCUGCGGGAACAAAGCCUUGGUUGGCCUAAGUAACCGGUGUAUGGUCGGGGACAGGCGCGAGUUCACGAUUUAGACACCAGAGGCUUCCAAAAUGGACACGAUAUAUACUGAGAUGAAUGAGGAGAAAGACUUUACAGAGGGCAUAAAUAAAAGAAGAAUUUCAUCAAUUUUAAAAGCUCCCCGAACACCUCUUUGUGACUUAGGCACAGGAAAUGAAUUUACUCAGGAAUACAACGUUGAGAAACGUCAGAAAAACUCUAGGCGGGUGAGUUUUGCAGAGACCAUAAGGGUCUUUCCACAUGAUCCUCAAACUCUUGUUGAAUUAAAUCAUGCAGUUGUAGAACCUUCAAAUGAAACAAGAAAUCAAAAUCUACUAAAUGAAAAUGAAGAACCAGAAGCUACCAAGUAUGAGAUAACUGGGAUGAACACUUUACUUCAUGCUCCUAUCCACACUUUGCAACAGAUGGAGUGUCUUGAUGCCAACCCUAGCCAAGAGUUGAACAUCACGAAUAGAACACUGAUUUUUUCAGAACAAAAUGAAAUGGAUAUGACAUCUGGUCACACAAUCUUGAUUACCCAUGACACUAAAGUCUGUCAAGAAACUGACAAACCCAAGAAGAUAAAUUUUGAAUCAUUUUUGUCUCAGAUAAAACCUGGAAAAAAAGCUUCACAAGUUACUGAAACCUGCUUCUCAUAUAGCUCUGUACAAAUGAAUGAGAGCAAUUUAUCUCAGCAGAAGACAAAUACUGAAAAGACAGACAAAAUUAAUUUAGGAGACUUUUUGGAAAGUUUAAGGUCCACUAAACUCUUUUCAGCACCCUUUAAUGAGAUUAUCCCUUCAGGUGGACCAGCUUCAGAAAGAAGUACUUAUUCUUCCAAACAAAAUGUAUGUUCUCAUUUGCAAACAGAAAAUUGCAACAUGACUACUGUCUUUGGAGGACUUGAUAAUAGGCAACAUGAUGAAACCUCUGCUCUAUCUAUUGAAAAAGCCAUUUCUGCUUCAAAGCAAUUAGGAUGUGCUGAAAGUAUGGAUUUAAUUACUGCCAACACAGAAAGACUUUUGCCAUCUGGAACUAGCACAAGUAGCAUGAUAAAUCAACAACAGAAUCUUGGAAAGGAUAAAUCAGUUACUCAUAGCACAGUUAGCUGCACUCUAAGGACUUCAAAUUAUCAGCUUGGUAUUCAGCAAAACACAAAUAUGUCUCACAGUGAAAUAAAUGCAAAUAACAAGGAAACAAAUAUUAACCAUAAUUCUGCUGUCAAGAUAACUAACAGGGACACCUUACCUUCACAAACCAGUUUUGGAACUAUUACAGGACCUUCUGUCACUUCUGUGCCUGUUCUCCAUGGUGAUAAAACUAAUUUCUCUGAAGAUAUGGAAAUGACCAAGAAUUGUACAGGUUUAAUCUGGGAAGUAACAGAUAGCCCUGCUGAUGGCUUAGUUCAAAAACAGAAAACUGAUAUUUUCGAGCUAAUGGAUAGAACGAAUUUUAGAGAGAUUGAGAUGGACAUUACAAAAAACCAUGUUUCCAUGAAUUCCUAUCUAAACAGUAUGCACCAUUCUAACUUAGUCAGUAAAAUGACUGCUGCAGAUCAGCAAAAUGAUCAUGGUAACAUGGAACUUUUAAAUCAAAGAGUAAAUCUUAGUUCUGCAAGAAACAUAAACUUAAAUACAAGUCAAGUGUCCAAGAAUUUUAAAAAGCCAGUAGAGAUUCCAUUAGUGCCAUAUACUACUAUUGGUAUCACUAAAUGGACUAAUUCAGCAACAGGAGAUAGUACAAUUAAUAGAACAAUUGGGCUUUCAAACAAUGCAGUAUCUUUAAUACCUGAACAUGAAAAUACUUUCGCUUCCAGUGAGAAUAUGGAAAUAAGUAAAGCUGUAGGAUCCUUAAGAUGUAAUUCUCUGAAGCCUGUUCCAUUCCAGGAUAUACCACAGCAGUUGACAGGUGCUAGUAGGAAAAGCAUAACUGAUUCAGAUUCUGAUAAGUUUAUGGCAUUGCCGUUGAGUGAAGACAAUGAAAUGGAGAUUACCAAGAGCUGUACGGUGCCAGUAAAUUACAACAUGCUGCAGCAUGAUAGAACGACUGAAGUGUUUCCUUUAGAAUCUGUAGACAAAACUACUAAUGUAUAUAAUGAUAUGGAUGAAACUAAACCUAUAACAUGUAUAAUAAGUCAGUAUGUAGAAAAUUCUGGUUCCCAGAUUAUGCAAAAGCCAAAUAGAUCUGGUAGAACUAGGCCAACCAAAGAUAGGACUAUUGUGUUUUCCCUCAAUGACGGGAAUGAAAUGGACAUUACCAGAAGCCACACAGUAGCAUUAAAUCAUGAUGCUGUCACUUUUGCAGAAGAUAGGCCUGUUCUAUCAACUGUAUCUUCAAAUAAAACCAUCCUAUUGACAUUACAUGAUGAUGUGGAAAUAACUAAUCCUGUGGCAAGUGAAACUCUUAGAAGUAUAUCUGACUUCCUUAAUGUGCCAAAGCAGAGUGCAGCAACUGGAAGGAAAACAAUUGAAUCAGAUAGUGAUACGUCUGUUGCAUUUCCUUUGAGUGCAAACAGUAAACUAGAAUUUAGGAAGAACCUUACAGAGGCAGUAGAAAGAGCUCCUCAAGAACAAACUUCACCUUUUGAAGAGAAUGUCAACAUUAAUAUAUCAAAUAAUAUGGCAGUAAAUAAGAGCAUGUCUUUUGCUCCUUCAGAUAAAACUGUAAUGUUUGUGCAUAAUAAUGACAUGGAAAUCACUAAACCAAUAAGUAUGACAUCUAUCAAAGAUACUGGCUUUGAGACUUUGCAGUCAAAAAACAAAGAAAAUGGCAAAGCGAUUCUAGUAAAAUCAGCCAAGAAAGGAACUGAUCUGUGUUUACUGGAUGAAAAUGAAAUGGAAAUGACAAGAAGUCAUACAGUAGCAGUCAACUAUGAUAUUCAACAUGCUAAGGUGGCCCCUCAGAAAUUGUUUUCCGAUUCUGCAAAUGAAACCAGUUUGUCUGUACAUAAUAAUUAUGAAACAAAUAAAUCUUCAAGUUUUGUUCCUGCAGAAAACACCAUGAUUAUGAGCAAUCAUGAUAUGGAAAUGACAAAAUCUUUACCAGCUGAAAUUUUCAAAAAUAGUCUAAAACCUUUCCGACAGAAAACAAAUUUAAAUUGUGAGUCUACUUUAGUAGAUCCAGUUAAUAUUAGUGUUUUUGCCCAACAACACAAUGAAAUGGAGAUUACAAAAUGCCACACGGUGUUAGUUAACCAUGAUGAUGUUUUCCAUAAAGAAAAGAUUCUGCAAAUAUCUGUUCAGAAUAAUAUGGAUACUGCAGGAUUUCCUACAAUUGCCAAAAAUCCUGAAGAAAAUUUUCAUAAGAAUAAGACUGAGCCAGAAAAGAAUGCUGAAUGGGAGUUCCCUUCAAAUCAAACAGCUAAUGAGCCAGUAAAGACUAAUAUGCACACAGUAUUAUUUGAUAACAAAACAAUUGAAUAUUGCCAGAAUAUUGCUAACCAAACUAAACAACUUUUUCCUUUCAAUGAAAAGAAUGCAUUCACUUAUCAGGAUGGCACAGAAGCUACUAGUUUGCACUCUGAUACUAUAAGUUGUGGGAAUCUGCAGGAAGUUAAGAAAGAGAGGCUAGAAAAAAAUAUGGAACAGAAUCACGAGGAAAAGGCAAAUGAUCUGGAGUUUAUAAAAAAACACACAGUUACCAACAAGGAACAUAAUUGCUAUGUGCUGUCUGCUGAAAAACAGAUACCAAACACUUCCAGAAUGUCAAAAGAAAAAACAGUUGCCUUUUCAGAUGAUGGGCACAUGGAGGUAACUAGCAAUUACACAACAGGAAUUGAAAGGAUGUUUAUGAGUGAUAGAAAUGAAUGUGAGUUACAUUCCCUUGCUGUAUCUAAUGUAAAAUUCUCUGCUUCAAUAAUUGAUUGUGAAAAGAAAUUAAAUAUUGACAAAAUUGCAUCUGAAAAGUCCAUCGUCCAAGUACAGCAGAACAUUUUGAAUACUAAAGAGAGACUAGAGCCUUGCAGAGCUAAAAUUAAUCAUAUGAAGGAAAAUGUCUCAAUUGUAGAUUCAAAAAAAGAGAACGAAUUGAUAUUUCCUAUCAGAAAGUCCUCUCUAGUGCCAACUCUAUCUGAUGAAAUUGCCCUGGGUUUAAACAGAGAGAAAAACCUAUUAGAUGAAAACAAAAUGGAAAAACAUGAUCUUAAAAAAUUAUCUCAGUCAAGACAAUUAGAUGAUACUGCUAUAAAAGCAAUGGAUGUUCUUCCAUAUGGUGACAAAAUUGGAAAGAAACCUGAAUGGGGAAGCUUUUCAAAAGAUCAACAUAACGAUUUGAAAUCCAGUCCCAUAAAUAUACUUCCAGUGGAAGAGCCUGUCAUUUUAAAUAAAGAAUCUAGUGUUAUCAGCAACUGUCCAAUGUUACAAGAUGCUGAGAAGAAACCAGAACUUGUUCUGUUCUCUUGUGAUGCCGAAUCCACUCUUAGUGAAGAAUUACCCAAGCUGAUAAUGAAGCCAGAUUGCUCCUUGAAGUUGAAAGAAGACAGAAGAAUUGAAUCCAAUGCAAUGGCUUCUAAAGCAGGGAUAAAUUCAAGUUCUACUGAGGGUAUUCCUCUUAAUGUACCUUUAAAUACAGAUAACAGUAAAAUAAGAAUAAUGCCCUUAGCUAUCUUCCCACCUAAAUUACCAAAUAAAAGAAAACCUGCACUUUCCAACAUAGACGCUCCUGCUGCCAAAUUGGAUAAAAACUCAGAAAUUCAAGAUUCUCAAGUCUCUUUACUUACAAAGAGUUCCUCAGACAAAAUAACCCAGAAAUUGUGUCCUUUUUACAUAGAUGAAGAACUGCUUCCUUCAUGUGCAGAGGAAAUGGAUUCUAAUGAAUCUUUAUGCCAUGAAGUGCCAGAAAAAUGUCCUGACGAGAUAUAUGAAAAAAUGAUUGUUAAUAAUGAAAUGUUUGAAACUAAUCAAAAAUUAAAGAGAUCUAUAAAUCAAGAAAAUGAGAACAUUCAAGGAGGAAAAAAGCUCAAGAAAGAUAUGGACUGGAAUGAUACUGCAGAACAAAAGCAGAUUCUUCAUAGCACAGAGGUACCUCAUAACAACAUAGAAACUGAUGAAAAUAAACAUAUUCCAGAAGUGGUGGCCACAAAACGGGAAAAGAAACAAAGCAGCAAGAACAACCUUUUUGAUUCAUUUAAGGUUGAUACAAGUUGCAAUAAUCAACAAAACAUUGAACUGGAGACUCAGCUUCUCAUGGACAGUAUUUGCGAACAAAAUUUACAAGAGAGAUUGCUGGAAGGUACUAUCACAGUUCGUGAAUUUUUCACACUUCUCCAAGUCCAUGUUUUAAUACAAAUGCCUCGCCAGAGUCACCUUCCGGUCAAGCCCACAGUCAACACAUCAUCUAUCCCAGAAGACGAGAUUCUCAGCCACUGCAUCUAUCAUCCCAAAUUACAGGUUUAUAAGGAAGAUUGUCAAACUCUUCACACAAUAAUAGAAGAAUUAAAACUUCAUGCAGCUGACCAAGAUAAACCUCUGGCGAAUAUGAAUAAAAGUUUUUGGGAAGUAAUGAAAACUUGUUCAAAGGAAGAGCUGAGUGGUUUUGGUGCUGAGCUGAACAAAAUGAAAUCCCGUUUCACCAAGAAAAGUAAAGUUCUUGCUCACAAAGGAAAAGCAAAAUUAUAUGUGAAAUUGGUGCACCAUGCAAAGCUGCAAUGUGAAAAACUACAAUCAAGAUUAGCUAAAAUGGAUGAACUUCUGAAAGAAAUGGAUAGCUGUCUUUUUGCUCUGGAGAAAGAAACUGCUACUCUGGAUGAUUCUAAGUUGGUUGCCAAUUAUGCCACGGAGGAACAUGAAACCAAAGUAAAACAUAUUGAGAGAGAACUAGAAAAUUACAAAUCCCAAGAAGAUAAUCUUCAAAGAGACCAAUCAGAUCUUAGUGAUAAAAAACAACAGAUAACGUCUGAAAUCAACCAGCUUCAAAGAGACGUAAGAAGUUGCCAAGAACUUACCGAGAAAUACAACUUCUCUGAGUGGGUAAUAAAGGAGUGGAAUGAUCACCAGGCAGUAUUUACUUUUCUUUAUGAUUCUAUUGAGCUCACUGUGGGAUUUAAAUGGCCCUUAGAUGAUGCUACUUUCCAAAACAAGUUCUACUGGGAGAUUGUUAGUCUGAAUUUUGAAACAUUAUUGGAUGAAACAAAAGCUGCACCUACUGCAAAACUAGUGCAUAAGCUUAUCUUUCAGUUUAUAGACAGUCAAAAUUCAUGGCAAAAGAAAUGCUCAACAGUGUAUCAACUUUCUCAGAUACUGCAUGAUCUGUCUCUCGUGGUAAACCGCUGUCAACUUCUGGGAGAAGAGAUAGAAUUUCUGAACAAAUGGGGUGGAAAAUUUUACUUGCUGAAGACUGAAGUGAAUGACACAAAUGUAAGCCUUUUGUUCUCCAGUUCUACGCCUCUUGCAAAGUUUGAAGUUGAACUCUCUUUAUCUGCCAAUUAUCCAACAUCUCCAAUAGUUUUCACUAUCCAAAAAUGCACAGGAAAUCUUGGCCAUGCGGAAAUUUCUGUGGUUUUGUCCAGCGUUCCAGUGGGAGCCAACUAUUUGAAGAGAAUGGUCAAUCAGAUUAGUUGUAAUCUACUCCAAUAUCCUGCAGCAAUUCCAAAAAAUAAAAGAGCAAUUGUCCAAUAGUUUGUUCUUCUUUGGAAAAAAAAAUUUGUCAACUAUCAAGCAUACAGUACUAGAGUGAUUACAUCUUUGUUUAAACUAUAGAAAGCAGAAAUAGUUAGCCUUUCUUCUACAAACUAUAGUGCAAAACUGUAAUGUGGUUCCUCUAUUGUUUUUUUUUUCUGUAUUUUUCCAGUAGUGCUUUGCGCUGCCUUUUAUUUCUGAGAGACUAUUUUAUAAUAGAAUAAAGUAUAUAUUGUAGUUGAUGCAAUUUCGAAACAUAUACUGCAGGAAAGGAAUGCUAAUAUGAGUAAGAGGAGCUAUCUUUAAGGCACUUAAGUAAUUGAACAUUGGGUAUAGAAUAGUCUCCUAAUUUUUUAGAAAUGAUCAAAGGGUAUAUUAAUUUUUUAUUCCAUUAUACUGACUGAGGAAAGUCUUCAGUUUCAAUGAAGGCAGCAUUAUUAACACGCAUCUUUAUGCAGGCUCAUCUUGAAUCUGUAAUGUUGACAUUCUUACAACAAAACCUCUAGGAUAUCUCCCUUGUCUAAUAUUUUGUUGGUGGACAAAUUAUGUUUAUAUGUAAAAUAUUGCAUAUUUAAAUGUUUUGUGAUGUUUGAGUGUUUUUUAACUUUAGUACUUUGUAAAAAGGAAAAGUGUAAUAAAGUUUACAACAGUA